GGUACACCUUCUCUUCUUCUUUGUCGUCUUCUCCCCUCUCCUUCAGAACAGCAUCCUAGUUGAAAGCUUGUCACUUGAUCCUUGUGUUGCAUUCUCGGGCUCUCGGUUCUCUUGCGAUCACAUGCUGAACAGCGGUGCUUACAAUCUCAUCACACACAUUGAGGAAUGGAGGGCUGUUUCCAAUGAUGGUGAACCGAGUUGAGUCGAACAUUAGUCAAAAACGCCGAAAUGCGGCUUCAGCUAACAUCAGUCUGCUGCUGCUGGCAUUGCUGAUGCUGAUCAUCGUCAACCAUCAUGGCGCCUCAUCGCAGGCUACGCAGCACAAGAAGCCGAAAAGCAGAGUUGUAGUUGCCGCCAAGGAUAUCCCGACAACGAGCUUCUCUUGCAAUGACCGCAGUCCCGGCUACUAUGCAGAUGUCCAGACUGGCUGUCAGGUCUAUCAUAUGUGUUCAGAAGGAGGCACUCAGUUCAGCUAUAGAUGUCCAAACACGACUCUUUUCCAGCAGAGAAUGUUGAUAUGCGCUCACUGGUAUCAAGUUAACUGCAGUAGGUCAGAGCAGCAUUUCCAUGCAAAUCUCUUGAUAGGACAGAGAGACAAACCAUUUGUAGAUGAAUCUGAGCAAGUCAAUAUAUAUUAUCAUGGUAAAGAUUUGAAAAAUUUACUCAAUCCAGACGAGCUACAAAGACUUCAACAAGCAAGACUAACUUCAUCAAGUAACGGCAACGGCUUACAAAUGUCAGCAAGUGAAUAUGUUCACCUCACGCCAGGACAAUUUUCCAAUUUCCAGAGGCCGAGAAUGGAGAAUCACUUCGCUGAUAACUCUGCCUCUCAAAAGUCCACAACUCAACAAAAUUUCAAUCGGCAGUCAGGAAAGCUCACACCUCAAUUUCCUCCUUCAAGUACAACGCUAGGAUCAUUCCAGCCAAAUAGCCAUAAUCAAAAUAAUUUCAAUCAAUUUCAGCCACAACAAACGGCUCCUACAACCGCUAGGCCUAAUCAAUUUUCCACUUCAAGUAGUACAACUUUAGGAUCAUUUCAACAGAAUAGCUCCAAUCAAAACAGAUUUAAUUCGUUCAAGCCACUACUUGCUGUCUCUACAACUGUUGGGCCAAAUAAGUUAUUCAAUCAGCAACGAGUUUCAUACACACCCUCUACUACUAUCAAGCCUGUGACAUUUUCUCAAAGUAAUAAUAAUCUUAAUAAAAAUAACAACAAUCUCGAUCAAAAUAAUAAUUUUAAUCAAAAUUUCAACUCUUUCCAACCUCAGCAAACAUUCUCCACAACUACUAUCCGAUCAAUUCAAUUCAAUCAGCAAAUAAUAACACAAAGUACAUCUACAAUAAGCACAAAGGCACCUUUCAAUGUCAGAACAAAUCCUUCUCUUUCAUCCACACAACCAUCAGCAGCAUUCCAUCCAAGCAACCAGCACACUGUUGCUCAUUUCACCACCCAACCACAUUUCAAUAUCUCAUCAUCACCGUUCACCAACCACCCUCAAAUUCCACAAAGCAAGGCAACGGUGACUCAAAAAUUUGCAUCAGUCCCAUUCCAGUCUAACACAAAUCAGAAUUUACAAGUCAAAAAUAAUCCACCCAACAAUAACAAUGUAGGACAAGGAGGUUUCAAUGGGAAUUUACCUCAAAACACUGAGAAGCCUACAACAGUUAUCAACGAGAAUACUUAUAAUAACUUUAUUAGAAGAUUCAUGCCGGAUGAGGAAGAGGCCAAUAAAUCUGUACCGGGAAACCAGGCUACAAAAAAAGUCAAUUCCACAAACGAGUACAAUAAUUUUUUGAAAGUUUUCGUACCCGACGACACAUCUCCCAUUGAAAAUAACACCACAGAUUCCAUAAAUUACAAUCAGUUUUUGAAAGUAUUCAUCCCCGAUGACUCAGCUUUUACGAAUUCUAAUCACUCUUACCGACAAAAUUCCAAAGUGUUUGGAGGCAACUUCGUAUCGGAAAUAAAUUCUCUGUCAACCGACAUCGAGCCGCCGUUUGUGGGUCUCAUUUCAGAGCUCGAUGCACCUCCCUUCGACGAUGCAGAUCCGGUCGGAAGUUCACUGGAACUGUUCAAGCUGAAAAUUCAAGAUCCCAGACAUGCGUUUUUCAUCCCGGACAACGAUAACGAGCAGAUUCCCCUGGACAGUCAAGUGACGCCCAUCACAAUAAAAGUACAGCGGCCAGGCACAACCAACCAUCAUCCCAUGACCUUUCUCAACUUAGUACCCGACAACUGCUACAGGUGUCACCCACAUUUUAUCGUUGAUAAAGAAGCUUGCACGCCGUGUGUUAUCAUUCGUUGAAAUUUCAAUUUGUUAUGCAUCAACUCAUUAUCAAUACUUAUUCAGCAAAAAUAGUGAUUGGAUAAGGUUGUAUUGAUCUCAGAUUGGAAGAGAAGUUUCAGAAUGUUGUUUAAUCGAGUUUCAACAAAAAAACUGACAGUAAUAACAAACGACCUUUAAAAUAAUGAGAUAAUUCUUCAGAUCGGCUAGUGGUCGGAUAAUGGUAUAAGAAUUCAGAUAACUUUAGUGAGUUAACUUAUCUUCUCAACAUUCACUCAGUUUGCUCAUAUCAGUGACGUCAUACAUGGCCACAUUCUAUCUUUCAUAUUCACUAUUUCAAGGAUCGUGACAGCGAAAGUUGGUCUAAGUUGGCCUGAAGAACACAUGUUGAGCUUCACUGUUUACCAUGAUUCAACUUUAUUUGAUCCUUGUAGCUUAAUGAGCCAAUUUCAAAUAUGUUAGAUGUAAAUGCACUUGCAUCUCAUUCAACCAUAACAUGUUUGAAUUUUCAGUUAUUGUAGUGCUAAGCCUAGAAAUAUUUCAAGACACGAGGCGUUAUUCAGACGAGUCAGCACGGUACAACAGGACAGGAAGCUCACUGAUUGGCUGGACAUUAAGCUUUCGAUACACCAAUCCAAUCAGCCAAUCAGAGAGCUUCCUGUCCUGUCCUGCCGACUCUUCUGAAAAACAUCUCGUGUGACUCUGCUCUAAUUCUUGAGUUUUUCUGUUAGUAUGGAACACACUUCAAUGCAUGCAAGAUCAAUGCUACGAAUGUCAUUCAAGAAGCUGAUACACUCCGAACAGAAAGUGGAGAGUAGUUUUCCACUUUUCUAUGUAUAUUAUAUCUAGAUUAAUAAUUUGUAAAUAUUUAUUGUAUUAAUUUUUCAGAAUAAAACGUUUACAUUGAUGUCAAA